AUGCUUUUCGUUCUACUUCAGGCUCUUCAUCCUCUAAAGCAUAAGUGGACCUAUUGGUAUUUGAACGACGACCGACAAGCGAGCUGGGAAGAUCGCCUCAAGCCUGUCUGUACAUUUAGCACUGUGGAAGAGUUUUGGGCUCUUUAUAACAACAUUCGGCCUCCAUCUGGUCUGAACUGUCUUUGUGACUACAGUGUUUUCAAGUGUGGCAUCCCACCUAUGUGGGAAGUGCCUGAGAAUCUCAAAGGCGGCCGUUGGCUUAUCAAUAUUGAGAAGGGAAAGCCGGGUGAAAUUAUGGACUUGAUUUGGCUGGAGAUUCUCAUCGCAAUGAUAGGCGAGCAGUUUGGCGACGAUAUGGAUCUUAUCUGUGGUCUCGUUUGUAACGUACGCGGUAAAGGCAGCAAGAUCAGUAUGUGGACAAAGGACUCAAAUGCCGAAGAAGGGAAUAUACGAAUUGGGUGA